AUGUUUUCCUUCGUGGGUUUUAAGAGUUCAAUUAUGCUUCCGAGUUACAAAUGUUCAGUUAAUGAGAAACUAUGGCAGUGCAAACAAGCAGUGCAAAACGAAAUAAUUUGCUUUCAUCAUCGUCCUGGUACAGUUUUUCUUACAACUUUCAUAGCACAGAUUGAAAAGAUUGCAGCUUUUGUGUGCAAGACGAAAGAAAAAUCACAAACAAACAACAACAUACAAGAACCUGCCAUCAUCAUAAAAAUUACUAUCACGCAUUUGUCUUCAGCAGCUGUCUUGGAAAUAAAUUUCGGAAGUGUCACUCGAGAAGAUUUCACUUCGCCCACAAUAAUCCAUCCUCAUUUAAAACCGCUUCAACAAGUAUACGUAAUUGAAGAUCUUAAAGUUCCGGUCAAAGAGAGUGUCGUAACUAAACUUCCACAACAUUUAAUUUAUACCAAGCUUUCUCUCGAUGUGUGA